AUGGAUUUUAUCUAUGAUUCUUAUGACAGCGAAGGCUUCGGAAGAAUAACGAGCGAAGAUUUUCUCUUAAUUCUCAACACAAAAGACUUUCGCGAUGUAAUCGAUGACACGAAAAGAGCGCAUUUGAAGGCAAAAGUGUUGGAAUACGGGACCAGUUUUAUAACACGCGAAGAAUUCCUUAAUGUUAUUCAAAGGAUUAUCGAUUCUAAUGCUUUUGAAUCGAUAUGUAUUGUCUUGAAAUCCAAAAUCAUAUGA